AUGAAGCUGAUGCAGUGCCAAAACUAUGAAAUCUUCCUCAUUUCUUCCCUCUUUUACAUUCAGGCAAAGAAUCCAUUGCUAGCAACAUUCUUGCUCCUGGCUGCCACUCACUGUGUCGUUCACGAAAAUGGCUUGGCCGGCAGUAACCAAGCUUGCCGCCCUGUCAAUGCUACCAUUGCAGCUGAGAAGGAUGGCUGCCCUGUCUGCAUGGCCAUCACCACUUCCAUCUGUAGUGGUUACUGUAAGACCAAGGAAAUGCCGUGGAAGCCUAUCUUCUCCUCCUUCAGCCAAAAGGUCUGCACUUACAAAGAAAUACAAUAUGAGACUGCACUUCUGCAAGGCUGUCCCCCAGAUGUUGAUCCAUCCUUUACCUAUCCUGUAGCUCUCAGCUGUCAUUGUCACCUGUGCAACAUGGAUUCCAGUGACUGUACUGUUCAGGGCACUGGGCCUGACUCCUGUAUCAACCAAAAUCGUCUUGCCUAAUAAAAAAGGGUGACUAAUAAAUGCCAUGCUAGGCCAACAACAAUGCACAUACUUGUAGAGAUGCUUUAUUGAAUGGAACUCUGACAUCCUGCAUUCCAGUCCGUUCAUGCUCACUCUAUCUCCUUUUCAGUCUUCUAACAAGACCAUAUAUUACAGGAACCCAUCCUGAUUAUAAUCUUAUCCCAUCUCUGCUUCUGAGAACAGUGUAAACUCUAAAUUAAUUGUAACAUCCUGGUGUUAGAUUUAUAUUUCUGCUCUAAAAAACAAGCCUGUGUUUUAGAAAGCAAAGUCAAACAGUUAUGCAUUUGGAAACCUAAUUUGAUUACAAUGUAUACAGCUGCUACAAUUUGGACAGCAGUAAACCAGAAGGGUUGCUGUGGGAAACAUAAGGAAGGAAGAGAUGAGAUAUUUGAAUUAGGGUUCCAAGCUUUUGAACUCCCAAUUAUUGAGGAGAAUGGGAGAUGUAGGCCAACACAUCUCAAAUGUGAGAGGUUGAGGAAAAGAACCCUCUCAUACCUUUUUUUCCCCUUUGUCCACCUAUUAAAAUAGCUCCUUCUCCUUCGAAAGAUUUUAGAUCAUUAAAUAUACGCUCUUUUGAGAUAUUUGGGAGCUUGGGCCAGAACUUCACAACAUACCUCACAAUAGGAUCACUUUUACUUUCCCUUUCCUUUCAUUCAAUUAUCUCUUCAUACCAAAGUGAAAACCC